AUGGCCAGCCAAUCCCAUGAGGCAACUUCUUCCAGCCAGAAGACCAGUCACAAAGGCGAGCACCAUGGAGAUCACUCUGAUGGUACACUCCCGAUCACCCGUGGAAGUUAUGUCUUUUCUAUUUGUGCUUGUAUCAACUCUUGUAAUCUAGGAUUCGACCUUGGUGCCACCACCAACGUUGGGCCUUUGGUCGAAGCGCAGUUAGGCCUUACUACAGCACAGAGAGAGCUCUUUGUUGGCAGUCUCGACUUUUGGGCAAUCGUUGGAGGUUUCUUAUCCAAUUGGAUUUGUGACAAGUAUGGAAGGCGUCGGUCUUUCAUCACUGCUGCUCUUGGCUUCAUUAUAGGAAGCGUCAUUACCGGUGCCAGCAACUCCUUCUUUAUCUUGAUGGUCGGCCGUAUGUUUGUAGGUCUUGGAAUUGGCUUUGGUCUUGCCAUUGAUCCACUCUACAUCGCGGAAAUCACACCAGCAGCUCACCGUGGGAAGAUGGUUACUUGGUCCGAGAUUGCAGUCAAUAUUGGCAUUGUUUUUGGCCUGUUUACUGCCAUCAUGUUCUAUGGUGUCGCUGACUCUCUCAAGUGGAGACUCAUGCUAUAUAUGGGAGCUCUGCUACCCCUCGUAAUGAUCUACCUUGUCUUGACGGUCAUGCCCGAGUCACCUCGUUGGUUGGUAAACCGUGGCAGGUUCGACGAGGCUAAGGCUGUUUUACAGAAAGUCUACCCCCCUGGUUUCGAUGUUGAUGCAGUUAUCGCCGAUAUCAAGGAAGUCAUAGAGCGCGAACGACUUGCGGACCAAAAUAUAGGAUGGGGUGCCGUUUUGUGCCCCACAAAAGCUUUUCGCAGAAUGCUCAUGGUUGGUUUGGGUACAGCUGUUGCACAGCAAGCCGUCGGUAUCGAUUCCAUUUUUUACUACAUGAAUGACCUCAUCAAACGUUCUGGAAUCAAAUCUGAGACUAGCCAACUUUCAGUUCUGAUGCUUCUUGGAUGCUGCAAGCUUGUGUUCGUUUUUGUCGGAGGCAAGCUGUUUGACAAGCUUGGAAGACGACCAUUGUUGGGUGCUUCUUUGAUAGGAAUGUGCCUCUGUCUCAUCAUGAUCGCCUUUACCGAGAAUGUUGCUCAAAUUACUGGAGUGGCACUGUACCUCUCUUUUUACAGCAUUGGCAUGGGUCCCGGAGCAUGGUUGGUUCCAUCUGAAAUCUUUGCUACCAGUAUUCGAGCCAAAGGAAUGAGUCUGGCGACGACGCUGAACAGAGCAGUUGCGACAAUAGUGGCCUCCACCUUCCUCACCACAGCGAAUGCCAUGGGAUGGACAGAAUACUUUCUCAUGUUGGCUGGAAUUUGUUUCAUUUUGACCGUCUUCCUUUAUGUCUAUUUGCCCGAGACAAAGGGAAGGUCCUUGGAAGAUAUGACAUUGUAUUUUGCGGAAAUUACCAACGAUACAUCCAUCUUGGAUGCUGAAGCUACCCUUCGCAGAAACGACGACGUGGAAAAGCCGGUGAACGAAUUGUCACCUUUGAUUACUCAAUAA